AUGCGAUAUGAUGAUAAUGAUGAUGUUGAUGAUGGUGAUGAUGAUGAUGAUGAUGAUGAUGAUGAUGAUGAUGAUGAUGAUGAAGGUGGAUCCAUUGAAAAUCCCUCUCCAGCACCUUUGUUGAAUGACCCUCCGCAAUCUUUGUGGUCAUUGUAUGGCUGGUUACCAAAGAGAGACGUUCGGCUUUGCCCACAACGUGGCUUCUCGUCGGCGGAAACUGAUGAGGACCGAUAUGGAGUUGCUGGAUGUGGGAUCGUCGUCUGGAUGAGAGCUCUGAAACGUCGCACCUUAGCCGACUUGAGCCUCGGUCGUCCAUGCUAA